UUUCCACAACUUUAACUUUAGACUGAUUCAAUUGUUGGCCUGUCUCUCGGUCAAAGUGCUAACCCAAUUUUGAGUGAAAAAGAAAAGUUUUCAACGAAAAAAAAAGGAAAAAAAAAUAAGGAAAGGAAAUUAAAACUAACGAAGGAUUGCGCACAUGCAGCGUGGCCUAAAUGAUGCCCGAAACUGAACGCGACGCGCACUUGGAGGCAGCGGGAAUGGUUAGCGGUGCUCUGGGGCACAAUUACGGCAUUGUUAAGGAUCAGCAGCAACAGCAACAUCAGCAGCAGCAACACCAUCCGCUGCAACAGCCGCACGCCACACCCGACCUCUACAAGAUGGAGCCCUGCUUCGUUUAUAAAAAUCCGCUGACCAUACCGCCCACCUCGAUGGUCAGCAGUCCCAUUGGCAGCAGCAGCAAGGAGAAGCUGGUGAAUAUGUUGCGCGUGCGCGACAACCACAAUUUGGGCAGUCUGAUCUCCGAGAGCACUCCGCCCACCACCUUCCUGCAAACGCAAUUGGAGGCGGUGGUGGCUCCCAGGCCGAGUUCCGUUCACCCGCAGCAGCAGCAGCCACUUGGCCAACAGCCAAAUAUCCCGCAGCAGCAGCAGCAACAACAACGCCGCUCGGCCAGCACACCUGCGAUCACAAUAACACCUGGUCCGCCAACCGACUGGCAUGCCCAUGUCUAUGGGAAAUUGCCGCCGCGGCCAACUCCCCACUCCAUAGCCGAUAUCCUCGGGAUUUCCCUGGUCAAACAGGAUCGGCAGGAGGGCGGCGGAUUCGAUGCCACCGGCCAACUGGCCAAGUCACCAAAGAGCAUAGUGAAGCACUACCAGGAUCAGCCGCCCGUGCGGAGCACCUCCAUUUCGAUGAGCGAUGCCAGCGAGGAGGAGAGUGCCGCAAUCGCAGGCGCAACAUCGGUUGCAACUGCAGCAGCCACUGUCACGGGGGAAACCGUUGCAGCGGUAACGCCGCUCGAUCUGUCGCUGCGGAAAAAGUCCUGCGACAGCAUCAGCUCACCCAUGCCGGCCAUCAAGAAGGGCGAAAUAAGCGGCAAGCCUGCCAACAAGAAGGAGAAUUCCGGCAAGCCGGCGGUGAAGAAAAAGAAGUUGACGCCCACUGCGACGGCAAUUGUGGCACUGCCGCCGGAUAUUAGCCCCACGGGAUGUAGUUCGCCGGGUAGCAACCCAAAUCCGCAGAUCCAGAGCAAUGCCAACAGCACCUUGGAGACCACCGAGGAUGACUCCGAUUCGGGAUCCACCGAUGCCAGACGGAAAAAGAAGGCCAGAACCACGUUUACUGGAAGACAGAUCUUCGAGUUGGAAAGGCAGUUCGAGGUGAAGAAGUAUCUCAGCUCCAGUGAGCGCACCGAUAUGGCAAAACUUCUAAUGGUUACUGAAACACAGGUGAAGAUCUGGUUCCAAAAUCGACGCACCAAGUGGAAAAAGCAGGAUAAUGUCACGAACAACGAGGCGGCGGAGCACAAAUCCUCGAAUGCCAAGCCGGGAGCAACAAACACAACAACAAGUGGCGAGUCCGGCGAAAAGAAAACUACCAACGCGAAUGCAAAUUCGCCCAAUGUUGGCAGUGCCGUACCAACUGCGGAGAAUAAGAAAUCUCCAAAAUCUCCAAAUCGCGGUAGCAACAACAAUAAUAAUAGUACACUAAAUAAUAAUGUUAAUAAUAGCGAGGGCAAAUUACCUGGCAAACAGAAUACCACCAAGAUUAAAAAACAAUUGAAUGCGCUGCUGGAAAAGACAGUCAAAACGGCCAAUCAGGCAAAUCGAAGUGCGGAAAUGGAGACGACCGAACCAAAACCUGCAGCUGAAAAGAGAAUAAAUAAUAAUACAGAAAAUCAAUUGCUGCAACAUCGUUUGCAUCAGCAUGCUAUACCGUUAACUGUAGAACCAGCCGCGCCACUCGAACAAACCGAGAAAUUGGAUAUAAAACUGGAAGAAUCGCCGCAGCAUCGGGAACUACGGGUGGCAUUUCAAAACGGCCAGCUAACGGAAAUGGAUUUUGAAAGUAAAUUGUCGGCUAGUAAAAUAUCCAUUGCCUUGGCCAUGGCCAAUAAACCAUUGCAACUGGAAAAGCUACCGAAAACGGAAAGUUCCUCGUCGGAGGGCGAGGCAGAAGAAGAGGAGGAGGAAGAAGAUGGGUCGUCCAGCGAACAUGGCGAUUCCACGGAGGCCCAAGAUUCCCAGGAUCAGGAUGUGCCCAUGCGGAAGGUCUAAAACAAAUAAAACUGAUGAAAACCCCCAACACACACACACAGUCAAAUUAACUUGUGCCAAAAAGUCGAAUAUUGCUCAUCCACAAAGAGGAAAAAAACCAUCCCCUUUCCCAAUAAAAUAAAAAAACAAAAGAAAAUCCCCUUAGUUGUAACACCUAAUUGUAAUUUAAUUGUCGCGUAAUCAGUUCACCCUUAGGCUUGUAUUUAAUUUAUUUAAUAAAGUUAAACGCUAAGGUUAGGCUUUUGUAAAUGUCGCAUUUAAAUGUCCGCGUAAACUAUGGCAAAUUGUAAUCUGAACUUUCGAGAAUUUCAUGUGAUAAUGUAUACGAGGCGAUUACAAAAUUGAUUUUACUAUUUGAACUAUAAACUAUGUGUACGUAGGCCUUUAAGCUCUGCUACCCUGUAAAUUGCAAUUGAAUGAAACAUAUUUAUUGAGUGUUUGUACAAAAAGGAACUAAGGCAAAAAAGAUGAAAUAGCUUGAAAAAUUGUUUGAAUUCUAAUUAAAUUUUGCGGGAUUUAUUAAACAUUUAUCCAAAUACAAACUAUUAUUCUGAUCCCUUUUGAAAUUAAGGGAACUUAAACCAAUUUCAAAAAACUAUUUUAGUCCUUUUUAAAGUUCCGCUAAUUUUAAUAGGAGUUUUUAACAAUUUAAUGGCUGAUUGAAAUCUCUGCCGUUACACAUUUUAAAUUCAACAAAUUUAACGAAAACAAAAUAAACUGAAUAAAUUCAA